AUGAACCUUUUUGGUUCACUAUUAAUCAUCUGCCAAGCGGCGUUGGUGGUCGCUGCGGAGAAAAAAGGAGUUCAGACGUCACUAAAAGCUAUGAGUUCAUUGCCGAAGAGGGCGAUAAGCAGUUUUGGAAAUUUGUGGAAAUUAUCAAUAAUGAUGCUUCUACGCUCAAAUGGGAGACUUGUAAGGAAUCACCAUCCAACGUGGAUACAAUUUAUCCCUUUUUCAGUGACCGACGAGCAGAAAUACGAUUACACCAUUAAGACAGCGGCAAAAGUGAUUUCUUCAUCUUCGGCCGAUCUUCUGAAGUUUGCCCUCGCUCUUCGUCAAUACUCUCCACGAGUUCAGGCUUUCCAACAGAUGGCUGCGGAAUAUGGAGAGAACUGUCCAGUAUUUGCUGUUGUCGGCGAGCAAGUUUCUUGUGACUACGACAAAUUCGAGCAUCUCAUCAGAGACGCGAAGAAGGCCAGUCACGUUUUGGAGUCGGAUCAUUUUGUAGGAGACAAGAAGUCAAAGAAAGUCGUUAUUCUUUAUGGAGAGCUCGGAACCACCUCGUUUGCUAAGGCAUGGCAGAAACUCACCAAGAGCCAAAAAACUGGACUUAUCUUCCGUCACUUCUCUAAGCACGUCGAGCAAAACGCAGUCUCUCUUUCCGGAUAUGGAGUCGAGCUGGCCAUCAAGAACACCGAGUACAAGGCUGUCGAUGAGAGCAAUGAGAAGAAAAGUGUCGAGGAGGAUGAGACCGAUCUCUUUGGUUUCAACAUUAAGCUGCUCAAGGAGCUUCACCAGGACUCUGUGGAAGCUAUCGAAUCUUUCCGUGUCAACCUCAAAGAAUCUGACGAGCUCACUCCUUUGAAGAGGUGGGAGUUACAAGAUCUUAGCUACCAAGCCGCUCAGAAAAUCGUGAAUGCCGGACCAGCCGAAGCGCUUGGAACCCUUGAAGAGUACUCUCAAAACUUCCCGACCCACGCUCGCGCACUUGCAAAGACCACUGUCAACGAGAAACUCCGCAAGGAAGUUCUCCUGAAUCGCAAGAUACUCGAGGAGUCAGGAAUUGAUGUUGGAGAGACGUCUUUGUACAUUAAUGGAAUCAACCAAGACAUCAACAGUUUGGAUUUGUUCAAGCUUGCUGAUAUGCUGAAGCAAGAGAAUAAACUAGCUGAAGGAUUUCAUAGCAUGGGCAUUAACCGCGAGUACCUCUCAGUUCUAGUUGGCAUGGACACCUCCGACGAAGAAAAAGCCAGCUACGCAGUCGAUCACAGAGAAGGAUACCCAUUCUUCAUUAACAACCUCGACACUGACAAGAAGUACAAGCAAUGGGGAAACAGUGUGAAGCUGAUGCUUCAGCCUUACUAUCCUGGAAUGAUCCGUCCAAUCGCUCGCAACUUGUUCAGUUUGGUCUUCGUUGUGGACCCAAGCACUUCCGACGGCCGAAAGUUCCUUCGUAUCGGACAAACGUUUAAUAGUCACGACAUUGCAAUGAGAAUCGGAUACAUCUUCGCUGUUAACCAAGACUCAAAGGCAAGCGGAGAGAACGAUCUUGGGGUUGCCCUUCUCAACUUGUUCAAUUUUGUCGCUAUCGAUUCGUCCAACGCGGAGGCACUCAAAGUUUUGAACAACUUCCUCGACGGAUACCGCUCCCAAGAGCCAACUGUCGCUGAUUUGAAGGAGUUCUUCGAAGCAAAGUAUGGAGAUGCCAACUUCAAGGAAGUGUUUGGAGCUGACUCUGACUAUGACAAGGGACGCAAGCAUGGGUAUGAGUUCCUUCAAAAGACCGGCCUCAAUUCUGCACCAAAAGUUCUUCUCAAUGGAUUUAUCCUAGACGAGGAAGGUGUUCGUGGCGACAAUAUCGAGGAAACUAUUAUGAUGGAAGUGAUGAAGAUCUCUCCAAAGAUUCAAAGAGCUAUUAUGGAAGGAAAGCUUACUGACAGAAUGAACGUAGGAAAUUGGGUGCUCGAUCAGAAGGAGGUCAUGCCAAGAAUCAAUAAGAGAAUUUUGUCGGCUCCAAGUAAGAAAGUCUACGUUGAUUUGUUGGGAUCCAAGAAUUGCAAGACGUUGAAAGGAUGGGAGACCUUCUCCGACGCUGACAAGGCAGCUUGUCUUCUUCAGACUACAAAAUACCUCCAGAAAGCUGCAACCGACGCCAUCCUGCCUGUUACCUUAUGGACAGUAGCCGAUGCCGAGUCUGUUGAGGGACGUCGUUUCAUCUACAACUCGCUUCAAAUUCUCAAAAACUCUGUCAAAGCCAGAGUCGGAAUCGUUCUCAACCCAGAAAAUGUGGAAAAGAGUUGUGGCGCCAACAGCAUCUCUUCAUACAUCCGUGCCGCUUUGGAACACUUGCCAAUGGAUCAAGCCAAACGUCUCAUUCUCAAGCUCUCUAAUGAAGAAUACGCAGCUGAUUUCCUCUCCGGCAAGAUGACAUUCGAUGAUCUCAGCGUUGGAGGAAUGGAUACCGCUAAAUUCUUGGCGGAUAAGAAGAAAACGGACUGUGAACGCACUCGUGUCGAAGCAGCCCUCGUUCAAAACCUUCUCAGCAUUUCUGCCGGAGAUCGUGUUGUGGUCGGAAACGCCCUUCAAGUUGGACCAUUGGAUAAAGAUGAACACUUCGAUGCUGCUGAUUUCAAGCUUCUCGAAAGCAUGCUUCUCAACCGAGGAGCUGAAGUCAUCUCAUCUCAUCUCAACAAAUGGGAGUUUGCUUCAGCCAACGGUGCGGGAUCCAAUGUCGCUUUCUCUAUUGGAGGUCUUGUUGGAAAGCAUGCAUCAUCUCAAAAAAGAACAUGGGUUAGCAUCAAGGGAGAUGAACACAGCGUGGUCACUCUUCCAGCCGAUGAAGUUGAGAAACCUGCUGUUGAUGUGUUUGCUGUUGUGGAUCCACUCACCUUGGAAGCACAGAAACUGGGAACAAUUCUCCAAUUGAUCAAGAAAGUGACAAACUGUGAUAUCAAACUGAUCAUGAACCCGAAGGACAAGCACUCUGAGCUGCCGCUCAAGAGAUUCUACAGAUAUGCUGCCGCUUCAGAGUUGAGCUUCGAUCAUACUGGAAAGCUCAACACCAAUGUUGUCAGAUUCGACAACUUGCCCAGCAAGCAACUUCUCACGCUGUCUCUCCAAGCUCCAGACUCAUGGAUUGUCGAGGCUGUCUCUGCCAAGUACGAUUUGGACAACAUUAAGAUGGAGCAAGCAUCCGGAGACGUUGUCGCUGUCUUCGCUCUUCAACACCUCCUUCUCGAAGGACAAUGCUUUGACGAAGUGAGCGGGCAACCACCAAGAGGACUUCAAUUUGUUCUCGGAACUGACAAGAACCCCAAACAGUUUGACACCAUCGUCAUGGCUAAUCUCGGAUACUUCCAACUUAAGGCAAACCCAGGAGCAUGGAAAUUGGAGAUUCGUGAAGGAAAGUCAAGUGAGAUCUACAGAAUUGGAUCUCAUGUGGGAGCUGAAAAGAUUGGAGAUGACACACUUCAAGUUGUCAUCGAUUCGUUUACUGGAAAAUCUGUCAGAGUUCGUGUUGAAAAACGAGAGGGCAUGGAAGAGAGAAAUUUGUUGGCCGAUGAUGAAGAAGGAGUUUGGAGCAGUCUUAGCAACCUAGUAUCCAGUAAAGAAAAACCACAAGAGGUCAUCAACGUCUUCUCUUUGGCAUCUGGACACUUGUACGAGCGUUUCAUGAGAAUCAUGAUUGUGUCGGUUAUGAAGAACACUAAGCAUCCCGUCAAAUUCUGGCUUCUCAAGAACUAUCUCUCCCCACAGUUCAAGGAGACCCUUCCAACUCUUGCCAAGCACUAUGACUUCGAGUACGAGCUUGUCGAAUACAAGUGGCCAAGAUGGCUUCACCAACAAAAGGAAAAGCAACGUAUUAUGUGGGGAUUCAAGAUUCUCUUCCUUGAUGUGCUCUUCCCACUUGACGUCGGAAAGGUUAUCUUUGUGGACGCUGACCAAGUGGUUCGUGCCGAUUUGAUGGAGUUGAUGAAGUUUGACCUUGGAAACGCUCCAUAUGGAUAUGUGCCGUUCUGUGAGAGCAGAAAGGAGAUGGAUGGAUUCCGGUUCUGGAAGCAAGGAUACUGGGCGAAUCAUCUCGCUGGCCGACGCUAUCAUAUUAGUGCUCUCUACGUUAUUGAUCUCCAGAAGUUCCGACAAAUUGCCGCUGGUGACCGUCUUCGUGGACAAUAUCAAGGACUCUCUGGUGACCCGAACAGUUUGGCAAACUUGGAUCAAGACUUACCCAACAACAUGAUCCAUCAGGUUAAGAUCAAGUCUCUCCCACAGGAAUGGCUCUGGUGUGAGACAUGGUGUGAUGAUGCCAGUAAGAAGAAUGCCAAGACUAUUGAUUUGUGUAACAACCCUCUGACCAAGGAGCCAAAAUUGGACUCUGCUACCAGAAUCAUCGGAGAAUGGAAAACAUACGAUGACGAGAUCCGAGAGGUCAUCUCUGGAAACUCCCGUUCUGAAAAUGUGAUUUCCGAUCCUGAAGAAGACACUCACACUGAACUUUAA